AUGACAGAGCUACUCCUCAACUCUGAGACACUCACUAAAGCCGAGAUAGAACCAGACCAAAUUAUUGGAAAAUGCAUUCAUCUUCAGGAAUCGGAUAUCCUUCGGUUACCAUAUCUGCAAGUAAUAAUGAAAGAAACCUUUAGGCUACACCCACCAACUCCACUACUACUUCCUCACAAGGCAACAACAUAUGUGGAAAUUCAUGGUUUUACUGUGCCCUAA